GUGCAGUUAAACACCCGCGGUUGGGAAGUCAUUUGAUUGCUCUCAUCUCCUCGAGUUUGAACAUGGUGCGGACGAAAGCGGACAGUGUCCCAGGCACCUACAGAAAAGUGGUGGCUUCGCGAGCCCCCAGGAAGGUGCUUGGUUCCUCCACUUCUGCCACUAAUUCCACAUCGCUUUCGUCAAGGAAAGUUGAAAAUAAGUAUGCAGGAGGGAAUCCAGUUUGUGUGCGCCCAACUCCCAAGUGGCAAAAAGGAAUCGGAGAAUUCUUCAGGCUGUCUCCUAAAGAUUCUGAAAAAGAGAAUCGGAUUCCUGAAGAGGCAGGAAGCAGUGGCUUAGGAAAAGCAAAAAGAAAAGCAUGUCCUUUGCCACCUGAUCACUCAGAUGACGAAAAAGAAUAGAACUUUCUUAAUCCAUCCUUGACUAAUGUCUCCUGUUUAUUAUUCUAGGAUGUAAAUUUGCAUAAAUGUAUUUGUUCCAAUUAGCUUUGUUAAACAGGCAUUUAAUUUAAAAAAAUGAGGCUUAUAUACUGUUACUCUAAAGCAAGUGAUUAUGAUAUUGGAGAAUUUGUAAGAUUAAUUAUGGUUACUUAGCUUAGUACUCAGUAUAAUGCAGUAUUUGGUUUCUUUUACCUGUUGUUAUUAAGCUUCUUGUUCUUGCUAAAAAUUAAUCAUUGCAUGGUGUUCUAAUUACAAAUCUGCUGUGUUUAAGAUUUGCUUAGAUCUUUGUACUGUUGCCAUUUUUAUUGGCAUUUGAUUAUUGGAAUGGUGCCAUAUUUUUGUUCCUUUCAUUUGCUUUAAGAAGCAGAGUUAGAUUUUUGCACAUUAAAAAAAUUCAGUAUUAAUUAAAC